UUCGCGUGCGCGUUUUCGCGUCAGUCGAAGAGUCGAUCGAGGUGGCCGGGCAGUGAGUGUGUGCCCUUUGUCAAGCUCGCUGCUCACACUCAUUGUCAUUCGCUCUUUCACUCUACUCCAUUGCUGUUUGUAUUUCAUCUCCUUCUAUUCGAUUGCCCAGUCGAGUAGUGGUGGUGGUAGCGGGUUUGGGUUUUCAUCGGACAGGCCUUGGCCGCGAACUCGGUCCAGCAUCCUUCGCACUCGACUACAUCUCUUCAUUCACAGAUUUCGCUUCCGAGAUUGCAAACAUGGAGACCAAUAAACUCAAUGAAACCAUAAACAUGGAAGACACCGUGUGCACAAUACAAGAAACAAUGUGCGACAGAUAUUACAAGAUCUCAAAUUCGAAAAUGCGUAUGCUGAAGGAAUACGGGACGAUGACAGCGAAAAUAAUCGCUCCCUACGUGGUGGCCGUGUGUCACGCGUGGCUGCAUCAUCAGCGCACCCUGCUGGAGGGACUCAGACGCAACAUCAUCACGGUUGUCAUAGCAACCAUCACCUCACGCUUCUCGCUCAGGCUUAUCUCUGUUGGUGAACUAUUACGGGGUACCAGCAAACUCGACCCUCUACUUAGCACGUUCAAAGUGAUUAAUUUCAAACCCAGACAACUGUUAUGGGCGCCUGUUCAAGAGAACGCUCGGACCAGCCAUGAGUUGAAUAAAACAAUCGAACCAGAAAAAAGCGUGCACUGUCAAAUACUCUACGAUCCAGGUCCUGGCAAAAUAACGGCUGACGUAAUAUUCAUUCACGGUUUGAAAGGAUCUCUAGAUCGAACGUGGAAACAGGGCGAAUGGAAUUUGAAGAAAUGCGAACGGGGGAGUCGAGUGUUGAUAAAUAAGAGUUGUUCGGCUUCUGUGAUUGGCCAGAAUAGAGUGAAGCCCGGCAGAAGGAUAGCUGGCUCGGAAAGCGAUCUCACCAAAGGAAACAACGACAAAGUUCUCUGGGAAAGCAACAACAACGAGAAUGGAAGCAAUGGUGAUGUUGUGUUCACUUGUGGAAAUGAAGGUGUGAUCGAGAUGGAAUCGAAUGGUGACUCGAGGCUGGCUUCUAAUGAGAAUUAUGACUCUUCCACGACUUGGAACGAGAAAAUGACGUCGAAUUCGAAAGAGGAUGUGUCCCUUUGCUGGCCAAGGGAUUGGCUCCCCAAAGACUGUCCCGGUGUCAGAGUGAUCGCCCUCAACUACACCACCGAUCCAUACCUGUGGAGACCUAUAUGGAUUUCUAAACGAUCUAGGACAUCCAUGCAAGAGAGAGGAUGGGAGAUGAUAGAGCAUCUUGUAAAAUUGGGAGUGGGAAACCAUCCCAUUGUGUGGGUGGGGCACUCGAAAGGCGGACUAUUCGUGAAGCAGAUGCUUGUACAUGGCUGUGAGAGUAGUAUAGAAGCUCACUCGCAAAUAAGCAAGAAAACGAAAGGCAUCCUCUUCUACAGCGUACCUCACAGGGGAUCUCCAUUGGCAAACCUCAACCUCCCUCUACUUAGGCAAUCAAUUGAACUCACUGAAGUGCAGAAAGAUUCCAAUGAUGUCCUUGAACUUCAUAAGAAGUUUCACUCGCUUGUGCAGCAAAAUCAGAUUCAAGUGGAAGUUAGAAGUUUCAUUGAAACCACGCUUACUCUUAUGUCACUGUUUUAUGUUCGAAUAGUCUCUGUAGAAUCAGCCGAUGCAGAGAUAGGUGAUCUCUACGGAGUACCGACCGACCACAGAAAUAUAUGCAAACCUAGAAGCAGAGAUUGUUUCCUUUAUAAGGAAUUGAUUGACCUGAUAGAUUCAGUCUGCGCGAAACGCAGCACGUGACGCUGGUCUAUUUAACCAGCAGAAAUCAUCUUUAUGAUUCUUCUCUGGAGCAACAUAUUAUGUUGAACUCUGAUCCUCUACUCUCCCUUUCUCUCUCCCUCUUUUUGUUGUGCUCUUAGGUCAAUAAUUGAGAGAAACACAGAGGUGGUGAUAGAGAGAAAAGUAUCUCUUGAUAUAUAUUUAUGAGAUUGUGAUUAUUCUAUUCCAGAAGUAAAAACAACUUCCUUGUUGCAUAUCAUCAUGAAAAUGGUGUGUUCUUCGUCUAUUAUUUAUUUUCUGACUCAGAUUUAUUGUGUUAAGUCCCUCAGGGACCAUUGAUAGUAGUUAGCGAUAUUAUAAAUGAAAUGUACAGCUCUAGAUUAGGAAUUAACUCUCUGUUGACUUCAACAGGUUGUUAUUGUCUUUGUAUGAUUGAUUUUAAAAGUUUACAACCAUCUAAGACCAAGUCUUGCUUUUGUUGGAAAUAUAAUGGUUAAAGAUUCUAGUGAUAGUUUUAAACCAAAGCGGUUUUAUCAGUAGUAAUAUUCAUUGGAAUAUGAUGUCAGUUAGUUUGUAGUAGAAAACUGUUUUAUCUUCAAAAGAGACUUAACUAGUCAAAAAGUUUAUUGUAUGUGCCAAAUUUUUAUGGAAUAAAGUAAAACAAUAAUUUAUGUAAUUAAUUUUGUAAGUGAACUUUUCAAUGUUUUUGAGAAUUUUAUCUUGUAGAAAUAUUAAUACUGGAUGUAGUUGAUGAAUGGGAUAUUUACACCGUUUAUAAACAAAAUAUGUACCAAAUUGUACAUAUUUGCUUAAAUACUGUAGCCUACUUGUCAAUUCUAUCAAUGUCGGACUCUUUCGAAAGUUUCAGCCUCCCAGUUACCAAUAACUUUGAAUAUUUUCACAGGAAUAAUUAUUUUUAUGAAGCCUCCAAAGGGCGAUUAAAAUAUGUCUAUCUAAAAUCAUUGUUGUAUGAAAGUGAUUGAUUAGUGAUAUUAUAUUUUACUAAAAAUGAUAGUUAUAUUUUUUUAAGGAAUGGAUUGUGACGUACCAAACAUACAGUGAACUCUUAUGGAAAAUAUGCCAUGACUGAAUUUCGAUGGUUUUAAAAACAUGAUUAAUUAUUCUCAAUGAAACUUUUAGUAAUGAUAUUGUAAGUUAAUACUAGUAUUACUGUUCAUGUCUAGUAGAACUUGUACAUGUUCUCUUCCAACAUUGUAGAAUAAAAAUUAUUAAUAUUUUGUAA